AUGGCGAGUCCAGAUGAUCUGAAGUUCCAAGGUGAGGCUCAUGGAGUGGCUCCCAUCCUCCUCUCUCUGUUUAUCCUCUCCUAGAGCUGUCUCUGUUUCAUGUUCAUCAUCCCCUUCCUUUCUGUCUCCCGUUCCUCUCCUCCGUAGCUGUUAUUUAUCUUUCUGUCUUGUUUAUCCUCUCUUUCACCACCUCUUCCCCUCUCUUUCUCUCUACAUCUCUCACUGCCACUGUCCCACUCCUCCUCUCUCUGUCCCUCCCUCCAACUAACCUCCUCUGUCUUCUCCUCCUCUAGAAUUUGAGGAGGCCACUGACCUGCUGUUAGCAGACCCUGGGGCCUCCACCCUCAGUAUGUCUGGCUCCAGCAGUACGGCCCCGGCCAGCGCCACAGGGGACAUCAAACUGGACAUGUCCGAUGAUGAGGGACAGGAGGAGAGUUCAGAGGUCAGGAUGAUGAACGAGGCCAAUCAUAUCGCGGCAUUGAUAAUCUGCAAUUUUGCCUUUGUAAUGACGUCUACACAAACAGCCCAAAACCAAGCAAUAUGGUGAUUACUGAAUGUCAUUACUGUUUACAGCUCCUAGGAGGGGAGAAAGAAACUAGCAGCUUCUGGACCUUUGAGUACUACCAGUCAUUCUUCGAUGUGGAUACAAUGCAGGUACAAUAUGCUUGAAAUAACACAGUAUAAUCUGCACUCAUGAGACUGGCCUGUAUGUUGCUGUUUAGCAUCUCCCAUAUAGAAACCUACAAUGUAGUGGUGAUUCUAUUGGUGGAGAAUGGAGAUAGUUGCUGUACAGAUUCCAUUGGUUGACUGACUUCCUGUCAUGUCAUGCAGGUGCUGGACAGGGUCAAGGGGUCGGUGAUGCCUUUACCAGGACGGAACUUCAUCAAACAUACCCUCCGGUCGAGUCCGGAUUUAUACGGUAAUGGGAAACAAUUGUUCCUAGAUAGUUAGAAUGCACAUUAGAAUGUUACGAUCAUAACUUUUAUUGUCAUCAAACUGGAAGACAGUUUGGCAAACUCUGCAUAUCUUAGAUUGUGAUGCGAACCACCUCUACCCAGACUAACCUUACCUCCUGGUCCCCUGUAUGUCCAGGUCCCUUCUGGAUCUGCGUGACACUGGUGUUCUCUGUGGCCAUCAGUGGAAACCUGUCCACCUUCCUCAACUACCUGGGGGACCCUCAGUACCACUACAGACCCCAGUUCCACAGAGGUAUGGUACCUGGGGGUUACAACUUGGCUCCUUCUCAGUGGUUUCAUGUGAGAUUUGCUAUAUAUAAAAAAAAAGAGGGGAUUGUUGACUGUUAUCUUUAUGUUUCAGAACAGAGGCCUUUUUCAAGACCAUGUUAUAUUAGAUGCAAUAGCAGUGUUGAUGUUGCUUGCUUUUUCUCGCUCCCUCAGUGACGAUAGCUGCAGGUAGUGAUCUUCCUGUAUGCCUGGCUGGUGCCCCUGGGCGUAUGGGGUUUCCUGACCUGGAGGCAGAGGGAGGAGAGGCAGCAGAGUUGUUACUCCUUCCUGGAGACAGUGUGUGUCUACGGCUACUCCCUCUUCAUCUACAUUCCCACCUCGGUGAGUCAGCAGACACACUACUGAAUGUCUGGGUCAUAUUCAGCUAGCAAAACAUAUUAAUCCCCAAGCAAAAUGUUUCGCAAUGGAAAAUGAGGUUCAGAUGGUACCGACCUCCCCGGUUUCAUUGUUUUCUUCUGUUUUUGUGCCUAGUGAAUACGACCCUGUUCUUCAUAGUAUAUUUCUAUCUGAUUGGGACCCAAUACCAACCAAUUAAUACAGAACAUUUUAUUCUCAAGUAACAAACCAAUCACCUCCCUCUCAGGUGUUGUGGAUCUUACCAUUCGAGUGGCUCAGAUGGCUCCUCAUCCUGGUCGCCAUGGUGAUCUCCGGGUCGUUCCUGGUGCUCACCUUCUGGCCUGUCGUCCGCGACGACACCAAGGUGACUGCUUUCACCACCGUGGCAACAAUCGUCGUUCUCCAUGCGCUGCUAGCAAUUGGCUGCAAGGUAAGAGCCCACGAUAAGAGUGCUAUGGGUAAAAGUUACCUAGCACCAUCAUCCUAGGCCCUGUUGAACUAUUUUUAAAGUAGCAUUGCAGCAGUCAUGGUCCGACAUGAAUGUAGAAAGUAGAGCCCUCAUUUCACUUAUCCGUGGAAGGAUGGACUUUAAAGAUGUUUGAACCAGGCCCUAACCAUAAUCUAAAUGGGAAUGUCUCAGCUGUAUGAGCCUCAGGGGAAAUGUCUCAUCUCCUACACCCUACUCCAUAGUCUAUGGCUAGCUAUAAACCUCAUAGUUCUUUGUUAAAUCAUGUUGUUUCUAACCCUUUAUACCCAUCUCUUCUGUCCCUAUAUGCUAUCUUUCAGAUGUACUUUUUCCAGACAGCGACUCGCACAGUGACACCGACAGUUCCUACACCCAACCACACAGCAGCAAUAUUGAACACCAAGACCUACUGA